CUGGUAUCUGCUUUGCACAACCUCACGAGGCACGUUGUGUACCGCGGCUUGACGAGGGCAGAAGACAUCCUCUCUCUCUUUCCAGAAAACUUCCACCAAAAUCUGAAAAACCUUUUGACUAAGAUAAUCUUGGAGAACAUCUCUGCUUGGAGGAAUGAAGCACAAGCAAGUCAGAUCUCCCUGCCUCGGCUGGUUGACCUGGACUGGAGGGUGGACAUCAAGACAUCUUCGGACAGCAUCAGCAGAAUGGCAGUCCCUACUUGCCUGCUUCAGUUACAGAUUCAGGAAGAUGUUGCCUUAUGUGGAAAUAGUCCUGUUGUUUCUGCACUGACUGUGGAACUGAGCAAAGAAACCCUGGACACUAUGUUAGAAGGUCUAGGAAGGAUCCGGGACCAACUCUCUGCUGUUGCAAACAAAUGAAUAUUCAAGGACAUGGAUUCUAGCAGCGAGGAAGGGAAAUAUUAUCUGCCUACAGCUCUCAGAAGUUGCAGCCUAGUGUAACAUGUUUUCUGUUUUGUUAAAACAAAAUUAAAGAGAUUUCUUUAUUGAGUUAAUAAGAUAGCUUUUGAAAAGCUAACACUUAAACAUUCCUCUGGUCUGAUGCCAAAGAGUGGUUUCCUAGUAUGUUGUUGAACAAAAGCUGAUCUCUGUUUCAGAGAAGGAUUUGAGGGCUCAGAGCUUGGCUUAAUCACAAGAGUCAUAACUGGAAAUAGCAAAUAGCUGCAGGCAGUGAAGCAAGUGCUAUCUCUGUGCCCUGAAAAGAUCUAAAAGGCUCAAGCUGGUUAAUGGGCUGCCUUCCAGCGAGGAGGAGAGCGCUGCUCCCUGGAACGUGGCUGUGCUGGAUGGAGCGCUCUCCCUUGCAGCGAAGCACAGCCCUGUGCUGCAGACUGCUAUUAGGGGAUAAUGCUUUGAAAUGGGGCAAUUAUGCUACAACACAGUCUCUUCUGAUCAGCUUCACAGCACCAUUUGCAAAAUGACUAGUCUGAACAUCUUUAGCAGCAAGUAAUUUCCUCCUUCUGUUUGGAAGGAAAAAAAAGGAGCUCAGAUAAUUCAUGUUUGGGUUUAUUGGGCUUUGCCUUCGCCGCUCAAAAACCAGGCUGGGAAAGUAAAGAAUUGGUGGCCGUUGUCUGCACUGUGGGAAACCCUUCUGUGGCAGUAGGUGCCUGUACUUCCCCAAAGUGUUCUGUUCUUGGUUUGUAUAAAGCUUCAUUUAAUUAAAAAAUGAACUGCUAA